GUGCUAAUCACCCUGAUGAGUAGGGAGAAGCUCCCCCUCGCCCUGAGAAGUUCAUAAUCCCAUGGGCAAGGCAAGACGGAGCCACGUAACAGUCGCCCUGGCUCCAGCAGUGCAGAGAGAGGAAGUCCUAUUAGGGACGGAGGUCAGAGAAGGCUCCCAGGGGUGGGAUGGAGGAAGAGGGAAGACUGCUUCUGCUUUGUCCACACCUGUCAGAGGGCAUGGCCGGGAUUCCCAGCCUGUAAGGGUUGCCCGGCACAUCAGCCACUCAUUCCUGGGAACACUGGGGACAGACUCAGAGGGCACUGUGACAUCAGUUCCACCACAAUAUCUUGUGGAAGGGAUAUCUGCUAAGAAGAAUUCAGAUGUAAGUGGCUGCAUGCCUCCUUCAGGAGAAAGAGCAAGAUUUCCCUCACCCAUUCUCUCCUCCUUAGGUCCCACUGCCCACUCAGGGUCAGACUUCAUUUCCCCUUGUCUUUACGAAUCCUCCCCUUACUCUCAGUUUCUCAGUUCACAAGGGAUCUUACUGCCUCCAAGCUCCUGACUCAUAAUUUAGGACAACUAAUCUGGUGUUUCAUUAGGUGUCAUCUUUUGAACUAAGCUUACAUCUGUGUCUGGCUUGAUAGGUUUUUUAGGAUAGGAGAAGACAGGGAAGAGGCAGAUGUGAAUCCCAGGUUUCACCCCUUUCCAGCAGGAUGAUCUGACUACACCUCUUCCUCGCUGCCUUAAAACCCUUUCGCGUGGCUUCAUGAGGACCUGACUGGCUUCAUGAGAAGCCACUCAUAGGGUGAAGACAUGACUCCCACAUCUCAGGACGCUAACAACUGCUUGAGUGCCCAGGGCGGGCUCCCCCACCCACCCAGAUCUGCUGUGUCCCGGCAGUGGACUCUUUCCUAGGGAACAGGUGGAUUUGGGGUGGGACGUGCCUUAGGCCCCAUACUCAUAAAAUCCCGGGGCUCUGUCUUCUCACCUCUAAAACAGAGAAUACAGCAGCCGGUGGGUGCAGGUGGGAAGGGGUGAGGUGGAGGCUGAGAAGAGAUUAGGGUUCUCAGGCACCCACCACCUCUUGCAACACGACCCUGAGACAGUGGGGCAAGUAUCCGAUUUCACGUAAAAACUGAGCAACUAAUAGAGGAACGGGCCACGCUCCUACUGAGAGGCCCGGCAGGUCUCCCAGCCCUGAGGACUUUUCCUCCCAAGACUUAGAUGUGAAGCCCCUUUUGCCUGUCCCUGCCCUUACCCCUCGGGUCUGCCCCAAAUCGGAGGCCACCAUCUCUCUCACAGGGGCCUGCCCCUUCCACCCCAUCCCCUCCUCCCUCCCCUCUUUCCUGCCCACCCAUUUGCCUCGGGCUAGGGUGGCAGGAAGGGAGGUGCAGGGCACCGGCGUGAAGAACAAACCCCCUCCUGCUCAGAGCUGCUGCCGCCUGCGCCCAGGGCUGCACCCCGCGCAGGCCUCAUAACCAGGCCAUGGCCCCCACAGAGCCCUGGAGCCCCAGCCCGGGGUCAGCACCCUGGGACUACUCGGGGUUGGACGGCCUGGAGGAGCUGGAGCUAUGUCCGGCCGGGGACCUGCCCUACGGCUACGUCUACAUUCCCGCGCUCUACAUGGCGGCCUUCGCCGUGGGCUUGCUGGGCAACGCCUUCGUGGUGUGGCUACUGGCCGGACGGCGCGGCCCGCGGCGGCUGGUGGACACCUUCGUGCUGCACCUGGCGGCAGCUGACCUGGGCUUCGUGCUCACGCUGCCGCUGUGGGCCGCGGCGGUGGCGCUAGGCGGCCGCUGGCCGUUCGGCGAGGGCCUCUGCAAGCUCAGCAGCUUCGCGCUGGCGGGCACGCGCUGCGCGGGCGCGCUGCUGCUGGCGGGCAUGAGCGUGGACCGCUACCUGGCCGUGGUGAAGCUGCUAGAGGCAAGGCCCCUGCGCACCCCGCGCUGCGCGCUGGCCUCAUGCUGCGGCGUCUGGGCCGUGGCGCUGCUGGCCGGCCUGCCCUCCCUGGUCUACCGGGGGCUGCAGCCCCUGCCUGGGGGCCAGGACAGCCAGUGCGGCGAGGAGCCCUCCCACGCCUUCCAGGGCCUCAGCUUGCUGCUGCUGCUUCUGACCUUCGUGCUGCCCCUGGUCGUCACCCUCUUCUGCUACUGCCGCAUCUCGCGCCGCCUGCGCCGGUCGCCGCACGUGGGUCGGGCCCGGAGGAACUCGCUGCGCAUCAUCUUCGCCAUCGAGAGCACGUUUGUGGGCUCGUGGCUGCCCUUCAGCGCCCUGCGGGCCGUCUUCCACCUGGCGCGUCUGGGGGCGCUGCCGCUGCCGUGCCCCCUGCUGCUGGCGCUGCGCUGGGGCCUCACCAUUGCCACCUGCCUGGCCUUCGUCAACAGCUGCGCCAACCCGCUCAUCUACCUCCUGCUGGACCGCUCAUUCCGAGCCCGGGCGCUGGACGGGGCCUGCGGGCGCACCGGCCGCCUGGCGCGAAGGAUCAGCUCGGCCUCCUCGCUCUCCAGGGACGACAGUUCCGUGUUCCGUUGCCGGGCCCAGGCCGCGAACACUGCCUCGGCCUCCUGGUAGCUGCCCCGGGCCGCUGGAGGUGGGCGGCAGCGGAGCACCGAGAGGAGGGGAGAGGUCUCGGAGGGGACUGAGCUCCCCAGACGCGCCUGUUCCGGCGGCAGCAAGCUGCUCCGGCCGGCAUCGCAUUGCCUCGCGCGCUGCCUGGACUCCCAGGGUCUCCUCCAUCAGCUUCCCCGGAACCUCAGAGCAAUUGAACUUCCCUAAACCAGGCUCCUGUGACUAGCUGUUCCCUCUCAGCCUGCAGGGUACCUGAGCUAAUUUUGUCCAGUCCAAGAUACGUGCUAUGAGAUGGAGCAGACAGCAACUCGGAGCCCGCAGAUUCACCAGGUAGACAGAAGGGAAGUGGGUUUCCUUCUCGGUCCCAUCGGGAAGAGAACCCAUCAGAAUAUCUAACCCAGACCCCCAAAUGCCAUUCUGAUUUCUGGCUGUGCUUCCUCCCGUCUCCCACAAUAGCCUUUGCUUUCAGAGAAAUACCUUCUCCAAGUCAGACCCCAAGCCCUUCUCACUCACAAAACCCUGGUGUUGAAUCUGGUGACACUUCUACCCCUGUGAAGCGGCAGGACUCAUCUGGAAGUUGUUCUGGUCUUUCCCUCUGUACAGGUCUUGAAAUCGCUCACCAGGCGUUUUUUGAGGUCUCCAUCACUCAGCCAGGAACCUGAAAAUCUUCUCUGUGAAUUCAUCUUUCUCAAUAAACACUCUUGCUAGCCCUG